AUGAUUGGACCCUUGCUCGUUUUCACUGCUCACAGCCUGGCACAACUCAUCGUGGGGCGCUUCCUGAUGGGUGUGGGCAUUGGCCUUGCGUCCGUUGCCACUCCCAGCUACCUCAGCGAGGUAGUUUUGCCCGAGAAGCGAGGACUCUUCGAGGCCAUGUACGAAUUGGGCAUUGCCUCUGGGAUGCUUCUUGCGGCUUUAGCCAACGCUCUCAUUCAGAUGGCGAGCGCUGAGUCGGUGUGGCGCUAUCAGGCUGGAUGCGUUCCUUUUUUCUUCGCCUUUCCUGUGCUGAUGGUUGUCUGCUUUGUACCAGAGUCACCCAGGUGGAUGCUGCAGACAACAGGUUCCAGCCCUUCUGCAUUGUUGGCCGUACUGGAGGAGAUCUCCAAACUGCGCCGGCGUGGCGCGCAGGAGCGGCUGCAGACAUGGCGCUCAACUCGCAGGGGCAGCUUUGACGAAACAAACGUCGAGGGGCCAUGCGUGGGCGACAUCGACGAUGACAACAGCGAUCACGAAGAUGAUCUAGUCCGCCUCUGGGAUGAAAAACAUCUCGCAGCCGGAGCUCCGUUGUUCAAUCCUGAUGUCGAGGAUUCGGAUUGUGGGAAGAAGGAUAAAACUGUCCGCCUUCGCACGUUGACGAUCCUUGGGCGCACGCUGAGAGAUGCUUGUGCGAUCAUCCUGGGCUCGCAUCAGGUUCCUCCUGGAGCUCGCCGUGGCCUGGGCCUGGCACUCGCUGCAGCGGUCCUUGAUCAGGCCUGUGCAUCUACCUCGAUCUUGAUCUACGCCCAGAAGCUGCUAGGAACAGUCGGCGUGGGCCAGGAGUCACAAGACCUUCUGACUCUGAUGGUGGUGGGAGCGAAGAUGUUGGGUGUGAUUCUGGGUCUUGUGAUUGUUGAGCGAUUGUCCAGGCGGAUGCUCCUGGGAGCUGGUGGCGGCUUGUCUGCCGUGGCUCUUGUGAUCCUAGUGCUGGGCGCUGCCUGGAAAAGCCCAGCGCUGCUGCUGACUGGGAUGACCUCCUUCAUUGCCGUCUUCUAUAGCACCUGGGGCAUCGGCUACUGGAUAGUUGUUGUGGAGGUCACCGCCGUGGGAGGACCUCGCUAUGCUUCAGCAGCUCAGUCCCUGUCUACUGCCACGCUCUUUGCAGCUGGUUGGUUGACUUCUCUGACCUUCAUGGAUGUGAUUUCAUUGGGACCGGCAGCGCUUCUGAUUUACGCUGGCAUCGCAGUCCUGAUGUGCGCAUAUGGAUUCUGCGCUCUUCCCGAAACGCGGGGACAUUCCUUGGAGGAGUGCGCUGGUGAUAUCGUGCCAGAGGACGAAGGGUGCAUGACUUGUGGCACAUCUGCAGGACUCUAG